UACAUUGUGCCAGAGCGCGGCGUUAGCUGGAGAUAGGUUCACGUGGUCACUUGGCCUGUAAGCGCCUCCCUGUAGAAUUUUUACUAAUCUAGGACACACAGCAGAACAGAGCUGAGUGCCCGCCACCACUUCGGUCCUACCCUGCAGUGCGCGCUUUAGGACCCAGUGGGGUAGCCGUGGGAUCCUGGAGUGGGCGUGUCCGCCAUUGUGACGUCACGGGGCGGGGCUUCUUCUGGCUGGGACUGAGGGACAGAAGGACCGACCAGCGCUGAGUGGUUGGUCGGGAUGGUGGCUGACUGCGCAGGAUAGUGGCGGCCAUGUGGAGGUGACAGUCAGCCUGUGGACUCAGGGAGCGCAAAGGAGCUUGGACCAGGUGGACGCCGCUGGCUGGCAGCGCGGCCUCGGUGCUGGCGAUGGAAGCGGAAGGUUUGGGUUGGCUUCUGGUCCCGCUGCACCAGCUGGUUUCCUGGGUGGCCGCCGGGGCCAUGGUCUUCGGAGGGGUGGUGCCAUACAUCCCUCAGUACCGAGACAUCCGGAGGACUCAGAACGCCGACGGUUUCUCCACCCACGUGUGCUUGGUGUUACUGGUGGCCAAUAUUUUACGGAUACUCUUCUGGUUUGGAAGGCACUUCGAGUCCCCGCUCCUGUGGCAGAGCAUAGUCAUGAUCCUUACCAUGCUGCUGAUGCUGAAGCUCUGCACCGAGGUCCGCGUGGCCAACGAGCUGAACAUCAAACGCCGCUCCUUUGCAGCUACAGACAGUAAGGAUGAAGAACUCAAAGCCCCCCCCAGGCGGCCCUACCUGGACUUUGAUCCUCACCAUUUCUGGCACUGGAGCAGCUUUGCAGACUAUGUACAGUGUGUCCUGGCCUUCACCGGUGUGGCGGGCUAUGUCACCUACCUGUCCAUCGACUCGGCUCUGUUUGUGGAGACACUGGGCUUCCUGGCUGUGCUGACCGAGGCCAUGCUGGGUGUGCCACAGCUGUAUCGGAACUACCGCCACCGCUCCACCGAGGGCAUGAGCCUCAAGAUGGUGCUCAUGUGGACAAGUGGCGACACCUUCAAGACAGCCUACUUCUUGCUCAACGGCGCUCCUCUGCAGUUCUCAGUCUGUGGUCUGCUGCAGGUCAUGGUGGACCUGGCUAUCCUGGGGCAGGCCUAUGCCUUUGCUCACCACCCCCAGAAGCCAGCACCCCACGCAGUGCACCCGACUAGUGCCAAGGCUCUCUGAGGCAUCUCUGGAAGACAAGGACAUGUGACCAAUCAGCCGUGGGUGCUGAGUCCCAGCCUAUGCGUCUGCAUUCGGGAGGCUGGCCCUGUGCACUCCACAGAUGAACAGGCCGCGUGUGGGCAGAGAUAGGAAGUUGAGUGCUUGUCCCCGUAGCCUUCAGGUGGGGGACUCGGGGGAUAGUGGAGCUAGGGCUGGCUCUGUGGUGUUUUCAAGGUGAUAGAAAAGGCAGGUGUCUUUCCCUACCUCCUUCAGGAAAACACUGGCCCGACCCUGAAGUAGGUUCAUGCAACUGAGCAAGACGGCAGGCAC